AUGAUUGAGAAAAGAGAACACACUGGUAAGUAUGAGAAAACUUGCAUAAAUGAUGAAACUUGGGUGUCAUUUGCUGAUCGAUGUAACCUAAGUAAAUUGGAGAGCACCUCUGUUGAACAGGAGAGCCAUGAACACAAGGAAACAUGGGAAGACACUAACAAGGGAUCAGAUCCACCUAACACACAGAAAUCUCCUUUGACCCAGAACCAUGAAAAAUGGGCGAAAUGUGCAAAAGUCAUCAAUGAGUGGACAAAAGCUCUUACCCAUUCUAAUAUCCAGAGGAAAGACAGAUCUUAUGAAUGUAAGAAAUACAGUGAACUAUUUAAUCAGUUCUCAGUUUGUACAGACCAUGAGAAAAUCAAUACCAUGGAAAUGUCCAAUACAUAUACAAGUGAAAAAUACAGGAAAAGCCCUGAUGAGUCAUCAAACAAAAUUGGACCUAAUACAAUAUGCACCCAAGAAGAUCCAGGGACAAUCAAGGAAUGUGAUGAAUCAUUUACACCAUGUUUAAAUCUUGAACAACAGCAGAAUAACCAGAAUGAAGAGAAACUUCAUAAAAUAGAAGAUUGUAAAACUUUCAUUAGUAAUUCCUCACACAAUGAGGUGCAUAAGAGAAUCCGUGCAGGAGAAAAACCCUACAAGUAUACAGAAUGUGGCAAAAACUACAUUUCUUCCUCAGAACUGCUUUGUCAUCAGAGAAUCCAAACGGUAGAGAAACAUUACAAUUCUGAAGAGAGUGGGAAAGUAUAUAUGUGCUCUACACAACUUGUUCAUCCUCAGAUACUCCAUACUGGAGAGAAACAGUACAAAUGUAAGCAUUGUGCAAAGACUUUUAAAUGUAGCUCAAGCCUUGUUAUUCAUCAGAGAAUCCAUACGGGAGAAAAACCAUACAAAUGUAAAGAUUGUGGCAAAGCCUACAUUUCUUCCUCACAGUUAAAUAUUCAUAAGAGAGUGCAUACAGGAGAGAAACCCUACAAAUGUGAAAGUUGUGGAAAGGCUUUUGCUCAUUCCUCAUCUCUUGCUGUGCAUCAGAGAAUCCAUACUGGAGAGAAACCUCACAAAUGUAAUGAGUGUGGCAAAGCUUUCAUUCGUUCCUCAAUCUUAAAUGUGCAUAAGAGAAUCCACACUAGAGAGAAACAUUACAAAUGCCAAGUAUGUGAAAAGGCUUUUAUUCAUGCAUCACAGUUUGCAAUUCAUAAGAGAACUCACACUGGAGAGAAACCUUACAAAUGUAAUGAGUGUGGCAAAUCCUUCAUUUGUUCCUCACAUUUAAGUGUGCAUAAGAGAAUACAUACAGGAGAGAAAUCAUACAAAUGUGAAAGUUGUGGAAAGGCUUUUGCUCGUUCAUCAUAUCUUGUUGUUCAUCAGAGAAUCCAUACUGGAGAGAAACCUCACAAAUGUAGUGAGUGUGGCAAACGUUUCAUUCGUUCCUCAACCUUAAAUGUGCAUCAGAGAAUCCAUACUGGUGAUAAACCUCACAAAUGUAAUGAGUGUGGCAAAGCUUUUAUUUGUUCCUCCAUCUUGAAUGUGCAUAAGAGAAUACAUACAGGAGAGAAAUCCUACAAAUGUGAAAGUUGUGGAAAGGCUUUUGCUACUUCAUCAUAUCUUGCUGUGCAUCAGAGAAUCCAUAUUGGAGAGAAACCUCACAAAUGUAAUGAGUGUGGCAAAGCUUUCAUUUGUUCCUCAACCUUAAAUGUGCAUAAGAGAAUACAUACAGGAGUGAAAUCCUACAAAUGUGAAAGUUGUGGAAAGGCUUUUUCUAGUUCAUCAUAUCUUGCUGUGCAUCAGAGAAUCCAUACUGGAUAUAAACCCUAUCAUUGUAAAGAUUGUGGGAAAACCUUCAUUUCUUCCUCAGAACUUCAAAGGCAUCAGAGAAUCCACACUGGAGAGAAAUAUUACAAAUGCCAAGAAUGUGGAAAAGCUUUUAAUCAUUCUUCACAGUUUGCUAUUCAUAAGAGAAUUCAUACUGGAGAGAAACCUCACAAAUGUAAUGACUGUGGCAAAGCUUUCGUUUCUUCCUCAACCUUAAGUGUGCAUAAGAGAAUACAUACAGGAGAGAAAUCCUACAAAUGUGAAAGUUGUGGAAAGGCUUUUGCUCAUUCCUCAUCUCUUGCUGUGCAUCAGAGAAUUCAUACUGGAGAGAAACCUCACAAAUGUAAUGAGUGUGGCAAAGCUUUCAUUUGUUCCUCCACCUUAAAUAUGCAUAAGAGAAUACAUACAGGAGUGAAACCCUACAAAUGUGAAAGUUGUGGAAAGGCUUUUUCUCGUUUCUUAUAUCUUGAUGUGCAUCAGAGAAUCCACACUGGAGAGAAACAUUAG